GGAGACUGAGGCAGCAAGGCACUCCCGCUUUUGUCUUUUAUUUUUGGGCACCACUUCCUCACUCUUCUUUAUGACGUCCCCCCUCCAUUUCUGCUCCAACCAAAACACACACUUUCUUUCUUUCAUCACCUUAAAAAGGAAGUUAAAACCCAAAAGUUCUAAGGGAUACGAUACCUUCUCUUCUCGGCCCCUAUUUAUUGCUUCCAAGAUUUCCAAAUCUAAACCUCCACAUCCAGAUUUUCUAUGGCAAACUCCAUACCGGAGGUGUCAAAACGUAGAAGAAUGAGUCAAAACGACAACCACAACCACAACCAGCUGCAGCAGCAGCCCCUCCUGCCCGGACUCCCGGACCAUAUAGCCCAGGCCUGCCUUUCUCUAGUUGACCCCACUACUUUAUACUCUGUCUGCCGCUCAUGGCGGCGCGUCAUCUACACGCGCUCAUUCCCUCCAUUUCUCUCUCUCUAUGCUCUGUUCUCUUGUUCAUCUUCGAAUUCGAUCCAGUUCUACAACUUCGACCCGGUUUCGUCCAAGUGGGGGGCUCUUCCCUCCACGCCGCCGGACCCGCCUCUCCGCCUCUUCCUCCGCCACCCGGCUUUCAUAUCCAGAAACCUCCCCAUCCAAUCCGUCUCCGCAUCAGGCAACCUGGUCCUCCUCGCCGCCACCACUCAUAAUUUCUUUCCUGCGCUCCCCCGGCCGCUCAAUUUUGAUCCCAGCACGAGCAGCUGGCACUUCGGUCCCCCACUCGCCACCCCGCGUCGCUGGUGCGCAGCUGGAACCCUAAGGGACGCGGUUUACGUGGCGAGUGGGAUCGGAUCCCACUUCUCGGUGAACGUGGCUCGCUCCGUCGAGAAGUGGGACCUGAGCAAGAAAAACAAUAGUACUAGCCCGAACGGGAGCGAGUACUUGGGAGGGGAGUGGGAGAGAGUGAGCUCCCUACGAGACGGCAGGUUCAGCAGAGACGCGAUCGACGCCGUCGGCUGGAGAGGGAAGCUCUGCAUGGUGAACGUGAAAGGCGACGCCCUCAAAGACGGCGUCGUCUACGACGCAGAGAAGGACACGUGGCAGGACAUGCCGGAGGGAAUGAUCGCGGGGUGGACGGGGCCGGUGGCGGCCAUGGACGAGGACGUGAUGUACGUGGUGGACGAGGCCAAGGGAGCUCUGAGAAGGUACGAUCCUGGGAGGGACACGUGGCACCAGAUACUGGAGUCAGAGAGCCUGAAAGGGGCGGAUCAGAUUGCGGCAGGAGGCGGCCGUGUUUGUGCGGUUUGCCGCGGUCGGAUUGUGGUGGUGGACGUGGCGGCGCCGCGGCCGAGAGUUUGGGAUGUGGAAACGCCGUCGGGGCUUGAAGCGGUGGCGAUUCAUAUCUUGCCGAGAAUGUGCCAGCUGGUUUGAUUGAUUUUUUCGACUAUUUUUUUUUUUUUUUGGAUAUUGUUUUAUUUAAUAUUUUUCUUUCUUUCUUUCUGUAAUUCUUCUUUGUUUAUUGAAUGGCGAAAGUGAAAAUUUGUCGAUUUUGGGGAGAAGAAGUGGAUGCAAAUAUGGAUACAACUUGCUUUGCCAAAAAAAAAAGAAAAGGAUGUGGAUACAACUUGUGAAGGUGGCCUUUGAAUUGUUUAAAAGGUAAAUGUGACGAAAUCAAUUAAAUGAAGGGGGAGAAAUUCUGUAAGCUCCCAUUUUUUACCUUUUCAUCAUGUGAUCAGAUCUGAAAAAAGUAAAUGCCGGAGUCCGGAGGGGAGAGGGAGGCGGGUUUUUGGGUUGUAGGAGGGCCGGCUAGGUCAAAGGAACUUCAAUAAGACGUCGAAAAAUGUGACAAGAUUUUGUGCAUGAAAUCCAAAUAUUGUGUGACAAUCAUCUGAGUAAUUAUUGUGUUUUCAUUUUGAAUAGUCGAUAUUUCCUAUUUGCAAGUUGGGGUCCUCCUCCUCAGUCCCUCGCUAUAAACUCAGUCUGCAGAAACUGAACAACAUAUAGCACACACCGAACGUGGAGGUUGAAAUCCAAAGCCUCCAAGGUCCUUCCAUCUUUCUUCUUCUUCAGCUGUGAAACUCUGUUAUCUGUUUCAUUUUGCUAUUCUAGUUUGGGCUCAUCAUUAACCUAAAACCUACUUUCGUGGCGAUUAUGAUUUAUGAUAAAUCAGAAUGAUCCGUUUCGAGAAAUAAGUAAUCUUGUCAGUGAAUAAUGAAUUUCAGUUAAAAAGACAGUAGCUUUUUUGAAACCUGGGUCAAGUUGAAUGGUAUUGUUAAGGCCGUGUACAUAUGAGCAGAAAUGUUAAGUUCGAAUGAUGCUUUCUGAAGAGGAGUCAUGAAUUUUGGAAGAGGCAUUUUGUCCAGUGUAUUAUACAUUUAGGCAGGGUGCAGUGAUUGCCUCAAUGAUUGGGUGAUCAUGGGUUGCAGCGAAACGGGGGUAUGGCUGGCUACCUUUUGCCUUUCCCAUACCUCGCAUUUGGUGUAAGCCUUUGUAUUUACAAGACGUAUUAUGUUCAACUCAUCCUUCAAUUUUGGUGAUAUUGUUUUUCUUGUCGUUGCAUCUAAUUUGAUUCAUCUUGUAAUCCGUAUUAGGCUCUCAGUUCACUGGACUAGGACUUUUCAUGAAUGAAAUACAAUGCUCUGCCAUGGUUUUCCUAUAUAUUCAAGUGGCUGUAAUUUAUGCUUAUUCCACAUUUUUGAUUUUUCAGACCAAAUCAAAGUAUUGCUUGACCAACAAGAGAGGUUGUAUAUAUGAAAGACAAUCUGAACUACAAGCUCUACUGGAAGCUUCCAAAGGUCACGGACCCUCUGAUUAUGGGGCUUCAACAGCCAAAGAAGACUGGUCUGGAUCAUUUGAGUGGGAUUCUCAAGCUGAUGAUGUUAGGUUCAAUGUAUUUGGCAUCUCCACAUAUCGUGCAAAUCAGCGAGAGAUUAUCAGUGCUUUCAUGAGUGGAAGAGAUGUUCUAGUGAUUAUGGCUGCAGGUGGUGGCAAGAGUCUCUGUUAAUUACCAGCUUCCAGCUAUUCUUCGUGAUGGAGUUGCUCCUGUUGUCAGCCCACUGCUUUCUUUGAUUCAGGACCAGGUUCUCUUAAAUUCUAUCCUUCGUUCACCCGAACUUUUGUAUCUGAAGAUUUCAAUCUGGUUCGGUGACAAGAAUCAUUACUUCAGGUGAUGGGCUUGGAAGCUUUAGGGAUUCCAGCUCAUAUGUUGACAUCAACUACAAGUGCGGAGGAAGAGAAGUUAAUAUACAAGGCCCUCGAAAAGGGUGAAGGAGAUUUGAAAAUAUUGUAUGUGACGCCACAAAAAAUAUUAAAGAAGAUCAUCUCCAACCCAAAGGGCUAAAAAUAGCCUUGGGACUAAA